AGAGCCUAUACCGUCUUGUAUUGCUGAGUGCCUAGUUCCAGGGCCGUUACUACAGCUCAGCUGACAGACAGGGAGCGCUGUUGAGUUGGCCGUAACGAGUCAAAGAAAAAGAAGAAGCGGCGAAAAAAUAAAUAAAUAUGGCUUCCACCUGGUCGGCACCAACUGAGGAGCUCUCCUGUCCGGUCUGCCAGGAUAUUUUUAAAGACCCUGUUCUUCUUCCUUGUAGCCACAGCUUUUGUAGUGCCUGUGUGCAAUCAUGGUGGACAACGAAACGACGACUUGAAUGUCCCGUUUGCAAGACAGUGUCUCCGACUGAAGUACCACCACCUCGCAACCUGGUGUUGAAGAACCUGUGCGAGGCUUUUCUACUGGAGGUGGACUCUGGGGUUUUCUGCCGCCUCCACGCCGAAAAGUUCAAGCUCUACUGCCUGGACCACCAGACACCUAUCUGUGUUGUCUGUAGAGAUUCAAGCCAACACAAAAACCACAGCUGCGUUCCAGUCGACGAGGCAGCAGAGUCUCACAGAAAGGAUCUCCGGGAAUACCUGAAAACUAUACGGGAGAAAGUGGAACUCUCUGAUGAAGAGAAACUUGAAUGGCAAAAAACAGAUGAAGAAAUUAAGAGUCAAGCUCAGGACACGGAGAAGAAGAUAAGAGAGGAGUUCAAGGUGCUUCAGCAGUUUUUGCUAACCGAGGAAGAGGUCAGGAUUGCUGCACUGAAGGAAGAAGUGAUGCAUAAAAGAAAUAUUAUAAAGGAGAAGAUUGCAGUUUUGACCAGUGAGGUAAAUGCCAUGCGUAGUACUAUCCAAACCAUAGACGCAGGGUUGAGAGAUGUUGACGACACGUCAUUCCUUUUAAAAGUCGAUGCUUUAAAGAGACCCGCUCGCCUCCCCCUGCCGGAUGACCCGGAGCAGGUCACAGCAGGACCCCCCAUCGACGUUGCCAAAUACCUGGGAAAUCUGAGCUUCACCGUCUGGUGCAAAAUGAAGGAGAUAGUGUCAUACACCCCUGUCAUCCUGAACCUCAACACUGCCCAUCCAGAGAUCCACCUGUCUGAAGGUUUGACCAAUGUGAGAUGUGGACCCAAACAGACUCUUGUUGCAACCCCAGAGAGGAUGGAGCAGCACCGCAGCGUCUUGGGCUCUGAGGGCUUCACCUCAGGGAGUCACAGCUGGGACGUGGAGACUGGAGACAAUCAUGUAUGGGCACUGGGUGUGAUGGCACAAGAUGCCCAGAGGAUGGGAGACAACCGGUCUGGCUUGUGGAUGGUGAGGUUUUGCAAUGGUAAAUACACAGCAUUCUCCCCAUCACGCCCAGAGUCUGUCCUCCCACUGAAGCACAGACUCCAGAGGGUCAGAGUGCACCUGGACUGGGACGGAGGGGAGCUAUCCUUCUUGGAUCCAGAUACCAACGUUGCCAUACACGCCUUCACACACACAUUCACCGAAAGGCUGUUUCCAUACAUCAACACCUGGAGUGACCGCCCACUGAAGAUAUUGCCAGUGAAGCUCUCUGUAACCAUAACACAGUAGUUAGUUGGAGAACUACAAGAUGAGAACGAUUUGGUGAUGUACAGUUUACAGUUUACAGUUUCCAUCUGUAAAAAAAAAAAAAAAAAAAAAAAAAAGAAUCUGAACACAACAGAAUGUACAUGAAUAUUGCAAAUUACUGUAGGCCAAGAUUCCAGCAGUAUUAGGAACAUUUAA